GCCGGAGCCGCUGCUCGCGGCCCCGCCAUGAGCGGAAGCGCCGCCGCCGCGGUUGCUGCCGCCGCCGCCUCAGCAGCCGCCGCCGCCGCGCACUUCCAGCCUCAGUCGUCGUCUCCCAGGCCGGGCUCCGCUGAGCUCGGGCCCCCGCGCCGCCCGCGUCCCCCACCGCCGCCGCCCCGGCCGGAGCCCGCCGCCACGGACCGCCUCAGCCCUCUGGGCCACGGGCCUCUCCGGGCGGGCGCUCAGGGUGGCGGCGCCUGCGCCCGAGCGCCGGGAACAGGUAGUGUUGGUGCUUCUUUUCAGUGCCAGUCCAUCCAUCACGACCACAUUUGUCAUGAUGACAGUGACAAGAUAUCUCCCGGGGCCAAUUCAGCAUCUCUACCUGGCCAUCCUAACAAGGUGAUUUGUGAAAGGGUGAGACUUCAGAGCCUGUUCCCUCUCCUCCCAAGUGAUCAGAACACUACCGUUCAAGAGGAUGCUCACUUCAAAGCUUUCUUCCAGAGUGAAGAUAGUCCAAGCCCCAAGAGACAGCGCCUCUCUCAUUCAGUCUUUGAUUAUACAUCAGCAUCACCAGCUCCCUCACCACCAAUGCGACCAUGGGAGAUGACAUCAAAUAGGCAGCCCCCUUCAGUUCGACCAAGCCAACAUCACUUCUCAGGGGAACGAUGCAAUACACCUGCACGCAACAGAAGAAGUCCUCCUGUCAGGCGCCAGAGAGGAAGAAGGGAUCGUCUGUCUCGACAUAAUUCCAUUAGUCAAGAUGAAAACUAUCACCAUCUCCCUUAUGCACAGCAGCAAGCAAUAGAGGAGCCUCGAGCCUUCCACCCUCCGAAUGUAUCUCCCCGUCUGUUACAUCCUGCUGCUCAUCCACCCCAGCAGAAUGCAGUCAUGGUUGACAUACAUGAUCAGCUCCAUCAAGGAACAGUCCCUGUUUCUUACACAGUAACAACAGUGGCACCGCAUGGGAUUCCACUCUGCACAGGCCAGCACAUCCCUGCUUGUAGUACACAGCAGGUCCCAGGAUGCUCUGUGGUUUUCAGUGGACAGCACCUCCCUGUCUGUAGUGUGCCUCCUCCAAUGCUUCAGGCAUGUUCAGUUCAGCACUUACCAGUACCAUAUGCUGCAUUCCCACCCCUUAUUUCUAGUGAUCCAUUUCUUAUACAUCCUCCUCACCUUUCUCCCCAUCAUCCUCCUCAUUUGCCACCACCAGGCCAGUUUGUCCCUUUCCAGACACAGCAAUCACGAUCGCCUCUGCAAAGGAUAGAAAAUGAAGUGGAACUCUUAGGAGAACAUCUUCCGGUAGGAGGUUUUACUUACCCUCCAUCAGCCCACCCCGCAACAUUACCUCCAUCAGCUCCUUUGCAGUUCUUAACACAUGAUCCUUUGCACCAGGAGGUGUCCUUUGGAGUACCUUAUCCUCCAUUUAUGCCUCGUAGGCUCACAGGACGUAGUAGAUAUCGAUCCCAGCAGCCAAUACCACCUCCCCCGUAUCAUCCCAGCUUACUGCCAUAUGUGUUAUCAAUGCUUCCAGUGCCACCUGCAGUGGGCCCAACUUUCAGCUUUGAAUUGGAUGUAGAAGAUGGAGAAGUAGAAAAUUAUGAGGCCCUGUUAAACCUGGCAGAGCGACUGGGAGAGGCAAAGCCUCGUGGACUGACUAAAGCAGAUAUUGAACAACUUCCUUCUUAUCGGUUCAAUCCUAACAACCACCAGUCAGAACAGACUUUGUGUGUAGUAUGCAUGUGUGAUUUUGAGUCAAGGCAGCUACUUAGAGUCUUACCCUGUAACCACGAGUUCCAUGCCAAGUGUGUUGACAAAUGGCUUAAGGCAAAUCGUACUUGUCCAAUUUGCCGAGCUGAUGCUUCAGAAGUGCAUCGGGAUUCAGAAUGACCAACCUAAGAAGCACAAAUUUAGUUUGGGUGUUCCUCAUCACAUGUAUAUACGGACUAUCCAUUGAACUUAAUCUGUGGCUUCCAGCCCUCCCUUUACCAAAAGGGUCAAUGGACCUUUCUUUGCACUGUGUGACUUAAUCAACUAUAAAAGCUUACAAUUAGUCUUCACAGUUAUGGGAUUGUUAUACUAACCGUGUGAUUGGAACUCCAAAGACUUUUUCUUUAGCUUAAUUUUGUGUGUGCACUAACAUUCCCUGGUUUUUGUGUGAUCAUUCCGAGUGUUGCUGCAAGAUUACAGUGGACGUGAUCUUUUAGCAUGUGCUUUUAUAAAAAGUGGUAGCUACAGAUGAUAUAGCAAUCUACCUUAUAUAGAGCCUUCAGAAACUGUGAGUGGAAAUGAAUGCAGCGUAUGACUGUUGGUGAUAAGUGUAUCUGUGUGAGUGUGUGUGCAACUACUUGUGUGAGGGCAUGGUAGCUAACGUGUGUAUGAGAUCCUAUAUACCAGCAUGUACCAAGAAUGUGUGUGUAGUUUUAAUUAUGCUGCAAUGUAUAAUCUGGUGUGUUAUUUUAAACAGCACUAGUACUGUACACUGGUUUUUUUUCCCUUGUGUUUGCUGUUGCACACUGAUUGCUGAGGGUGCAUCAAUUACAAACAUCGAAUACUCCCAUCCCUUCCCUCCCAAUGAAUGGAAUGAGAAAAGCCUUCUUCCUUUGCUUCAGGCAGCUGUCACCUUCUCUUUAUUGGUGGUCCUAAGUGGGUCAACUUAAGAAGAAAAAAAAAGUAUAACACAUUCUCACUCCAUGAACCUGAUUUUUUUAUUAUUGUGGAAAUUUUUAAAUCUCCAACUUGGUGUUUCCAAAAAGAAGGUGCAAUAUCAUACAUCAUCAGUUAGCAAUAUUUAACAUUUCAAUGAUUUGAAUGUUGAUACUUUUUUUCCUUUACAUUUCCAGUAAGUUUCUUACAGAAAGUACCUGUGUGUUUUUUUUUUUAAUGUUUAGAUUUGUAGUCUAUUCUGAAGAUAUUUGAUUAAUAUAUUUCUAAGAACACCACUAGUCCCAUGAAGUCACCUCGUUGACUUCCACCAGAACAAAAUCUGUUAAUUCAGCUUGACUUCUGAUAACAUGUUCUGUGUUCAAGCUCCUGUGGGCAACUAAAUUGUUCUAAGAAAACUAUAUUUCUGUUCAUAUUAAUUCACUUGCCAGGCUCAAAUUCUGAAAGUUGUCUAGUUCCUCCUCAUUGAAACCCUUGUUUCAGGAUGGAUCAAGUGCUGUUACAGCUCAUGUUCCUUAGACCUGGUUUGUUUUGAUGUUUUAUUGCUUUUUUUUUGUUUGAGAAAAGUUUAAUACAACAGGUGUCUGGAAUACUUGCAGUAUAAAUGAAGAUUUGAUUUUUGUAUAAAAAAUAAUGCUGUUAAACAGGAAUUGGUCAACCUUCAUUUAGUUGAUCUGAGAUAAUACAUAGCUGUGUGGGGUUUUCUUUUAGUAGGUUCUUUGAUUAUAAUUCUGAUUGUUUAAAGUCAUUUUUCCAGCAGUGUUUAAAUUACUUUCUCAUUCUUUUGGUGUAUUCAACAUUGUCUGCCUCUUCCUGCAGUUGCUGUCAUUGCUUUGUUUGCAAUAGCUCAAGCUGUAUUAUUCCAGUCAGAACUGUGAUAACUUGCUGCCAGCCCCACUCAACUUUCAAUUGGCUCUGUGUCAGUUUUCCACUCAAACAGUGUUAACUACUUGUUACUGCCAUGCUGCUUGCCUUCCCUUGAAGUAUCUAUAAGCUCAUCACAGCCUAGAGUUCAGUAAAGUCAAUUCACAGAAGCACAAUUUUGCCCUUUUCGAGAUACUGUUGCCUCUAUCUAGUCAUACAAGUAGGGUUUUGCAUACUGUUUCUCCCUAGGUUGUUAGUGCAUCAGAAAUAUAUCUAAACAGUGAUAAAAAUGCACAUGUUGCUUUUAAAUCAUUAGGAUAUCCCUCACCUGUUCCUGAUGAAUAAAAAGUGUGUUAAAGACCAAAAUUCUUGGCAUAACAAUCAGCUACAUACAAAUCACGUAUAGUUUAAUCUAUUUUUUUUAAUGAAAAAAAUCAUGUUUAAAAUGGCAAAUGCCCAUCUUAUACAUACUCUUUUAUAUAGCUACGAAAAGUUUAUAUCUGUACAGAUCUAAUACUACUACACUCAGUAUUCAUUUUAUUGAAGCAUGCAAGUAAAGCACUUUUUCUAAUUUAUAUAGAGAUACCUAAUUAACAAGGCACACUGUACUAAUGACUAGGAGAAGUAGCUUUUUCUUCCCUCUAUCUAUGUCCCUUUUUCUGUAAAUUUUUGAGAGGCAGUUGGCAAUUUAGGAGGCAGCAGGGUCUGUUUUGGUAAAAUCUUGAAUUUCAGUGUUGCACUCUUGUGACUGAUCUCUCUUUGGGAAUGUCUUGUCUUUGCAUGGGGCUCAGAAAUGUGUGCAGACUUGCUUAUUGUGGUUAGUGUGUAUUGGGAACACACACGCAUGUGUUCUGACCAGCUCAGGCUUGCCGAAAUGAGCAACUUUGUGGCUAGCAAAAGAGAACAAACAGUUGAUUUGUGCCCAGCCAUUGUCACUUUGGGUGAUGCACCAGAUAGCAAGCAGAUGUUGGUUCCUUGGCCUUCGUCCUCUUUCCUCCUAAAACAAUAUUGGCUUUACCAUCUUAACUCAGCUGUGGGUUUUUGUGGGUUCUUGUUUGUUUUUUUGGCAUGAAUUGUCAUCUUUGGUGUUUUUUUAACCCACCACCCCUCAAAAAAUAAGGCUUCCAGGUAUCAAGAUCUCCUCUUAGGAUUUUUUGUCCUUAAUUAAUUUUUUUAGCAAAAUCUAGAAAAUGUGAAAGUGUAUUUAGAUUUUAUAUACUAUCUGAAAUAUGAUUUGUUAGGAUUCUUAAAUUUGGACCUCUUACAAUAAUUUUGAGUGAGAUCUACCAACUCACUUGUGAGAAUAUUUUUCACAGAUAUCUUUGGGCCUUUUCAUUAGGAAGCUGUUUGUCCCCCGUUGGUACAUUUGGUUACCUCAUUUUGCCGUUUGUUUCAGAUUGUGAAAGCUCACAGGGGUGUUUUUUGGAAUCAUUUGCUGAAUCAUUUUCUCAAAUCAUAUUCCAUUGUAUCAGUUAACAUAUAGUUUUAAAUGUACGUAUUAUAAAUAUCUGUAACCAAAUCAUUUGAAGGCUUGAUAAAUUUUUAACAAAGUUUGUACAUUUUUUAUGAAAGUUACUAGUAAUGCUUUACUAAGUAGUGCAAUGAAUUUUUAUUUUUAAUCCCUGUGCCCAAUUUUGGAGUUGAGAGGGUUGUUGGUAAUAAAUGUAUGAUGUACACUUAAAA